UGCGUGCUCGUUCCCAGGUUGGGCGUACGUGCGCGUACCUCCCGAUCGCGUGGUGUUCUUCCAUAUUGCUGCUAGUGGUGGAGAUUAGCAAGAAAUUUUUAAAGAGGUGUUCGGUGGUGUUUUUUAUAUGUUUUAAUUUAAACGGACCACUCUGCAUCUUAGACUAAAGAGUAUUUGGUCUAGGGGUGGAGUGGAGAAAAGAUAGAGACGAGUUGAAUUGCGGAUUACAAUAUUUUUUGCUCUCGAUUUGAAGGCGAAUUUGGGGGUUGAGGAAAAGGAGAAAUGGCCACUCAGGUGGAGACUCUCCUACCGAACAAUCCUCUGUUGAAGCAAGAGGAGCACGGGCAUGCAAGCAAAAUGCAACAAGGAGAUGAAUGUCUUGAGAAGGGGGCGAAGGCGACGUCUGCUGCAGACGAGGGGAGCAAAGUCAAGGGAGGCGAGUCGGAACAGGGAGUGUUUGCCAUGAAGGAGCCGAGCAAAAAGCAGGUGAAAGAUGAGAGCAACAGCCAGGAAAAGAUCAACCUCGAUAAAGAAGCGACCCAUCUCAAAGAUUCCGAUGGGCAAAUGGAGGAAGAUCUUAAAUGCAGCAAAAAGGAGUUUGCCGAAGCCCCCCCGCCCAAGGUUAACCCGUGGACUAAGAAAAUGAACGCAGUGACCGUGGUCAGUGUGAAUGGGCAAACUCAUCAUGAACCACCAGUGCCAGCCAGGGUGGUGAGAGCGGGCAACCCACGUCCCAGGAGAGGAGGAAAGGUCGGAGAUUUCGGCGACGCCAACAACUGGCCGACGCCGGGCGAGAUCGCGACUAAGGACAUGCAGAUUCAGUCUGCGCCCCGGCCUGGGUCUGGUGGCACGUUGGUCAGGCCGGUCAGAGAAGUAGGCCCCAGACACAGAUCCCCAGUGCCCAAGAAAGUGAUCGUGAAGAAGGAGUCCAAGGAGAAGAGGGAGAGCGAGGAGAGCAAGGAGAACCAGAAGGCCAAGUCGGACGAUUCCGGAGAGGAAAAGAACGGAGAUGAGGACUCGCAGAAAAACGGGCAGAAGAAGAAAGGUAACAAGCACAGGUGGGUCCCCCUCAUGAUCGAAGUGAAGUCGGAGGGUCCCAGAGAGCGCUCGGCGUCCAGGAACAACACCCGCCAGAACGAGCCCCCCCGGAUGCCCCCUAACAACCGGAAUGAGCUGAGAGACUGGCACAGCGGGAAGUACGAGCGGGAGUGGCGGGACGACCACGACGAGGUGUCCAGCGUGAAGAGCGAGGGCGCCCCCUUCCGCGGCGGCUUCCGGGGGCGCGGGCGGGGCCGGGGGCGGGGCCGGGGGCGCGGCAGAGGAGGCAGCAGAGGGCAUUUUGACUACCACUAUGGCUACAAGGUCUACGAAGGAAAGGAUGGGGCCUUCGGCCAGAAGUUCAACAGUACUGUAACCUACUACUACGACAACAUGAGCAGCAACGACCUGUACUCGGUGGACCAGGACCUACUCAAGGACUACAUCAAGAGGCAGAUCGAGUAUUACUUCAGUAUUGACAACCUGGAGCGCGACUUCUUCCUGCGCCGGAAGAUGGACCAGGAGGGCUUCCUGCCCGUGGCGCUGAUCGCCAGCUUCCACCGCGUCCAGGCCCUCACCACCGACAUCAACCUGAUCCUGGAGGCGCUGAAGGACAGUAAGGAGGUGGAGAUCAUCGACAUGAAGAUCCGGCGGAAGGUGGAGCCGGAGAAGUGGCCGCUGCCGGGGCUGUCCGCCCCCGACCACACCCAGACCGACUUCUCCCAGCUCAUCAACUGCCCCGAGUUUGUGCCCCGGCAAGCCUACGAAAAACCCACAGGUAGCGCCCGGGCGCCCACCCCCCCGCAGGCGAAGGGCGAGGACGUGAGCAACCUGAAGAGCAUGCCCAAGGGCCUGUCCGCCAGCCUGCCCGACCUGGACUCCGAGUCCUGGAUCGAGGUGAAGAAGAGGCCCCGCCCAUCGCCUGCCCGACCCAAGACCUCCUCCUCCUCGCAGAAGGUGGAGGAGAGCCGGUCCCCCGUGCAGGCUAGCCCCGACCCCGCCCCCGGCCCCGCCCCCGCCUCAGGCUCCGCCCCCCGGGACGAGCCGGACGAGCCCGAGGAGCUGGACUUCAUGUUCGACGAGGAGAUGGAGCAGAUCGACGGGCGCAGGAACACCUUCACCGACUGGUCGGACGAGGACUCGGACUGCGAGAUCGACGACCGCGACGUCAACAAGAUCCUGAUCGUGACGCAGACGCCGCCCUACCUGCGCAAGCACCCGGGCGGGGACCGCACCGGCCAGCACACGUCCCGCUCCAAGCUGUCCAGCGAGCUGGUCAAGGUCAUCAACGACGGCCUGUACUACUACGAGCAGGACCUGUGGGACGACACGUACGAGCCAGAGUACGCCACCAUCAAGCAAGAGGUGGAGAACUUUAAGAAGGUGCACCUGAUCAGCCGAGAGCAGUUUGACUGCCUGACCCCCGAACCUCCCGUGGACCCCAAUCAGGAGGUUCCCCCCGGACCCCCCCGGCCCCAGCAGAUCCCCACAGACGCUUUGGCCAACAAGCUGUUCGGAGCGCCGGAGCCGUCGACGAUAGCCCGCUCGCUGCCCACCACCGUGCCCGAGUCGCCCAACUACCGCAGCGCCCGCACCCCCCGCACGCCCCGCACCCCCCGGCUAAAGGACCCCACGCAGACGCCUCGCUUUUACCCCGUGGUGAAGGAAGGGCGACCCGUCGAUGCCAAGACGCCGCGUAAGAGGAAGACCCGGCACAGCUCCAACCCCCCCAUGGAGUGCCACGUGGGCUGGGUCAUGGACUCCCGCGAGCACCGGUCCCGCACCGCCUCCGUCAGCUCCAACGCCAGCCCGUCGGAAGGCACCCCGGUCUUGGGGAACUACGGCUGCACACCUCAAUCGCUCCCCAAAUUCCAGCACCCCUCCCACGAGCUGCUGAAGGAGAACGGCUUCACGCAGCACGUCUACCACAAGUACCGCCGACGCUGCCUCAACGAGCGGAAGCGGCUGGGCAUCGGCCAAUCACAGGAGAUGAACACGCUCUUCCGCUUCUGGUCCUUCUUCCUGCGCGACCACUUCAACAGGAAGAUGUACGAGGAGUUCAGACAGCUGGUGGUGGAGGACGGCAAGGAGGGCUACCGGUAUGGACUCGAGUGCCUCUUCAGGUAUUACAGCUACGGCCUGGAGCGGAAGUUCAGGCCGGACAUCUUCAGAGACUUCCAGGAGGAGACCGUGAAGGACUACGAAGCUGGUCAGCUGUACGGACUUGAGAAGUUUUGGGCAUUUCUUAAAUAUUCCAAAGCUAAAAACAUGGACAUUGACCCCAAACUGCAGGAGUAUCUAAGCAAGUUCAAACGCCUUGAGGACUUCAGAGUUGAUCCGCCGAUGGAGGAGGGGGGGCGGAAGAGACACCCCUCGAGCGGAGAGGGCCGACGCCGGCACCCCUCCCUGCCCUCCAGCCGUCCCGCCAGCCAGUCGGGUCCCGCCCCUGCCCCGCUCCAGCCGGGGGCCGCCCGAGACGAUGCCAAAACAACGGGCCCGCGGGCCGCCGCGCCGGACAGCAAGGCGCCCAUGUAGCCCCGGGCCGGGGGGGCCUGGUCCUUCACGUUCACGUUUUUUGCUGCGGGGGGGGGGGGGGGGUCCAGACGGUCCCACACGCAUGAAGAGAAGGCUUCCUAAACCAAUGGCUCACGAUUGAGAAACACAACGCUCUUCCUUUUAACAUCUUUCUUUUUUUCUUUUUUUUUUGGGUGGGGGGGGGGUUAUUUUAAUCAAACAGCAACAUUUUGUCUUGAAGAGAAAAGACGGAAAGACUACUGAAAGGAUGAAGAAGUGUCAUGUGCUUGUUUCAUUGGAUUUUUAUUUUUGCGCGAACCUUGAAUUUUAAUCUCCCCCCCCCUUUUUUUUUGGUGGAUUUGCUGCUCAACGGGCCGGAGCAGAUCCUGUAACCCUUUUCAUGGUUGGACCCCCUUUCCAUCCGACACAGUUGUGUUGGCUCGAGGAUGCAAGAGUCCGUUCUCUGUGUAUGGAUUUUAUUUUAUUUUUUUGUUUUGUUUUUUGGUGAAGAGGUGAAUUGGACACUGAUGCUUUGAAAGUAAAAACGGACUUGGCUGGUUUUGGGGCUGGAUUAAGCAAGAAGAAAAUAAGAAAAAAGU